AAUUACAUGUUGGUGUUAGUAUUGCAGAUAACCAGGGAAAUGGACAGAGUCAACCAGAGUGAAAUCUCAGAGUUUCUACUCCUGGGGAUCUCAGAGAAACCUGAAGAGCAGCAGGCCCUUUUCUGGAUGUUCCUGGUCAUGUACUUGGUCACAGUGGUAGGAAAUGUGCUCAUCAUUCUGGCCAUUUGCUCUGACUCCCACCUGCACACGCCCAUGUACUUCUUCCUGACCAACCUCUCCUUCACUGACCUCUUUUUUGUCACCAAUACAAUUCCCAAGAUGCUGGCAAACCUUCAGUCUCAGGACAAAACCAUAUCUUAUGCAGGGUGCCUGACACAGCUUUAUUUCCUGGUCUCCUUGGUGGCCCUGGACAACCUUAUUCUGGCUGUGAUGGCAUAUGACCGCUUUGUAGCCAUAUGUCGCCCUCUCCACUAUUCCACAGUCAUGAGCCCUAGACUCUGUAUAUUCCUCCUCACCACAUGUUGGGUGCUUUCCAUUCUCUAUGGCCUCAUCCACACCCUUCUCAUGACCAGAGUGACUUUCUGUGGGUCUCAGAAGAUUCAUUACAUCUUCUGUGAGAUGUAUGUGCUUUUGAGGCUUGCCUGUUCCAACACUGAGCUCAAUCACACAGUGCUGAUUGCCACAGGUUGCUUCAUCUUCUUCACCCCCUUAGGGUUCAUGACCAUGUCCUACAUCCGGAUUGUGAGAGCCAUCCUUCGCAUACCCUCAGCUACAGGGAAAUAUAAAGCCUUCUCCACUUGUGGUUCCCAUUUGGCUGUGGUCUCUCUGUUCUAUGGGACACUUGGUAUGGUCUAUCUGCAGCCCCUCCACAGCUACUCCAUGAAAGAUUCUGUUGCUACAGUGAUGUAUGCUGUGGUGACACCCAUGAUGAACCCUUUCAUCUAUAGCCUGAGGAACAAGGACAUGCAUGGGGCACUGAAAAAAAUCUUUCUAGUUUUUCAGAGGUUGACCUGA